AUCGAAACCCCCGGUAGUCUGCCAGCCAUUGCGACUUGCACAAAACGCAAUAAUGGCACUGCUCGCUCGCACCGCCCGCAAUGCUCUCUUCGAGUCGAGGUCGAUAAUACAGCCUUCGAUUUUCCGCGCAGGAGUAACAACAAUAUCGCACAACCUCGACACAUCAAAUACACCAGAGCCGCUCAUCCAAUCCAGCCACCGCAUAUCAAAGGAAGCCAAGGAGCGCUCCAAAACACCUCAGCCUCUUCCAGCAAACGCCACUAAACCUCCUACCUCUGAAAACAUCAAAGCAUCGCCACAUGCUCGAUCAGACAUUGUCUCAACGACACUCACACCCUCCAUCCGAACACUCCUCCCGCUACUGCAAAUGCAACCAGCACACUAUAUAACCGCACAUCUUCACGGACGACCCUAUCUCCUCACUCGCGGCGACACUCUUCGCCUCCCUUUCCAAAUGCCGAAUGUCCGCCCCGGCGAUAUCCUGCGUCUCAACCGCGCCACACACAUUGGCUCACGAGACUACACAUUAAAAGCACCAGAGGCCGUCAAGGGGACAUCAGACCAUGGGAAAAAAGUUUACUAUUUGGAUGAACGGUUAUUCACUUGCAGAGCACGCGUUGUGGGCGUCGAGAGCGAACCGUUGCGGGUUGAGGAAAAGACCAAGAGGCGGCGGAGACAUGUGAAGCAUGUUAAGAGCAAAUUGCACUUUACAGUGUUGAAGAUUAGCGAGUUGGAAGUUAAGAGUCUGGAGGAGUACGAGACGGCGUUGGCGCAAGAGGGAAGAGAGCAGAGUGUACAAUAGUGGUGUGAGGGUAUGGUUAUGCAUUGAAAAAUCCAAUGUCGCAAUGCCUCGACGACGAAUCCUUGAUUAUACACAUGUAUCGAUAGUCAAUUCGACCGAAUUUACAGCAACCAACUCAAUGAAGAAAUCCCUGGAAUGCACACAUCUAGGAGGCUUUCUGUA